UCGGGCCGUUUAUAUAUAUGUAUCAUAAAUAUGGACCAAUUUAUCACUGAAAGAGAAGAAGUACAAGGAACGCAACCCUGUUCAUGCAAAACCAGUUUGCAAAAUGAAAUGGAGGAUGAAAUAGAGGAAAAAGACUGUUCUUGCAAAGAAAAAGGAUUGGGUGACGAGACGCGCAAGAAUGGUGCAAGCGUUGCUGCGUGUAAGGAAGGCAAAUCUGAUAGUCAUAUCAAAACAGAUGAUUCUGGACUACGCGAGAAAAGCACCGAAAAGAAGGUGUCGUCUUAUUCUGGCGGAACUAAUAUGUGGUCAUAUAAUAAGUUCCCACAGACAUACUAUUUUAAUGGCGUCCGUCUGGCUGAUGAUGUCGUUGGUUCUGUGACCAUGCCAAAAAUAUCGACCACUCGCUCUUGUGAAACUUCUGAUCUCAAUAAGGAAAUACCGGAUACACGCGGCCCCCAACACAUGUCACAAGAGAAUGCGAUAGCUGAAGAAAAUGACUUAACUUGCAACUUUGCAUCAGAAGCUCUGUUGAAACGGGUUUACAAAAUAAACAAAGGGUACGCAUUAAUAGUACACAACAGAUUUUUCAACAAUCUCUCGACAAGAGAUGGAUCAGAGAAAGACCUGGACGCCAUAAGAUCAUUCUGUGAAGAAGCCAACCUGAAGACCGACGUACAGGAGAACCUGGCAGUACGCGAAAUCCGCGACCAUUGCAAGAGGCUUACGGGAGAUGGAAAAAUAUUUCAAAACUAUGACGGUUUUGUUUGUUUUAUACUUAGCCACGGAAGGAGUGGCGGUAUUUACGGCGUAUGUGGAGAAACUAUAAGCGUUGAGGAAAUCGUCUUCUAUUUUAAAGAAAAUAGUGACCUCUUGGAAAAGCCCAAGCUGUUCUUCAUCCAAGCAUGUCGAACCGGCGAUAUGGAGGAGGACGAUGGAACUGAGGAUAGCGAUGUGAAGAAGCGCCUUUGUCCACCUGGGGCCGGUUUAAAUGAUGACAUAGCGGGAACUGAGUUUGGGGACAAAAGAAUGAUGCCAAUUCAAGUUUCAACUCUCACAAAGUUUGUCUUUUUUAAAAUGGCGACCUCUGCCGAAAUGAUAAAUGCAAAACAUAUACAUCAAAACAGGUACACUCAUGACCAGGACGAUGUAGGAAGUAGUAGUAAUUGCUCUCUUAUGUAG